GUGACCUCCUGCCGGCCGACGGGGUCCUGAUCCAGGGCAACGACCUCAAGAUCGACGAGAGCGCCCUGACCGGGGAGAGCGACCACGUCCGCAAGUCCCUGGACAAGGACCCGCUGCUGCUCUCGGGCACGCACGUCAUGGAGGGCUCGGGCAGGAUGGUGGUGACGGCCGUGGGGGUCAACUCGCAGAGCGGCAUCAUCUUCACCCUGCUGGGCGCCGCGGGGGACGACGAGGACGACGGCAGGGACAGGAAAGGGAAGCCGCAGGAUGGCGCCGUGGACGCCCCACAACCCAAAGGCAAGCGGCAGGACGGGGCGGUGGCCAUGGAGAUGCAGCCGCUGAAGAGCGCCGAGGGAGGGGACAGCGGGGACGGGCCGGGGACGCGUCCCCGAGGUGGCCCCAAGAAGGAGAAGUCCGUGCUCCAGGCCAAGCUGACCCAGCUGGCCGUGCAGAUCGGGAAGGCAGGCCUGGCCAUGUCGGCCAUCACCGUCAUCAUCCUCGUGCUCUACUUCGUCAUCGAGACCUUCGUGGUGCAGGGCCGGCCCUGGCUGGCCGAGUGCGCCCCGGUCUACGUCCAGUACUGGGUCAAGUUCUUCAUCAUCGGCGUCACCGUGCUGGUGGUGGCCGUCCCCGAGGGGCUCCCGCUGGCCGUCACCAUCUCGCUGGCCUACUCCGUCAAG